AUGGAAAGAAUCGAAGCUACGAACUUGCUCGAUACCGAAGCCAAUGACGACGCCCCUCAAAGUGGGUGCAACGAACUGCUAUUUUUCGACUUCGAAUGCCGUCGAUGGAAAUCACGGAUAUUUCAACCAAACCAAGAAUGGAAAUCACGCAUAUUUCAAUCAAACUUGUGCGUAGUGAAAAAUGAAGCAGGAGUCGAAUUGGUAUUCAAAGGGGAGAAUACGAGAAAUGAAUUUUGUGAAUGGCUAUUUACAAAAGGAACAUGCAAACUGUAUCGUAAUGGCUCACAACUUUCAAGGUUAGGACGGGUAUUUCAUUCACCAAUACUUACACCAGAAUGGUGUUUUUCCCGAAAAUGA